UAAGAAAGUGGACAUGUUUUUUCGUUGAUUACAAAUCAAAUGAAACCCCUAUGGUUUCUCUCAAUUCAAUCUCCAAGAUUUAGUUCUAUCUUCAAUUCUUCUGAUUACAUUCAACAAAAGGUUUUGUGAUAGGAAAUCAUGAACAGUUAUCCAUCCAUUGGGAGACAAUCCUCAGGUAAUAGUGCAUUGAAAGAUCUUUUGGCUCGACCUGAUAAUCGCGUAUGUGCAGAUUGUGGUGCUCCGGAUCCAAAAUGGGCUUCGUCAAAUCUAGGAGUCAUAAUAUGCUUAAAGUGCUCUGGUGUCCAUAGAAGUCUCGGCACACAUAUUUCGAAGGUUCUGUCUGUUACGUUAGAUGAAUGGUCCAAUGAUCAAGUGGAUUCCGUGGUCGAGGUUGGUGGAAAUGCAUCCGCAAAUUCCACUUACGAGGCUUAUAUUCCUGAAGGGGUGUCGAAGCCUAGGCCCGAUGCUGGCCCUGAUGAGCGCUCUCAGUUUAUCAGGGCGAAGUACGAGCUUCAGCAAUUCAUGAAACCCAGCCUGCGUAUUCUGUCUGCUACUUCAACGCACUCUUUGCAAGCUAGUAUGUCGAUGUCAGAUAGCUUUCGAAGUUCAGCUUCAUCACAGCUGUCAGAAGGCAUGGUGGAGUUUAUUGGAGUGUUGAAGGUUAAAGUACUAAACGGCACGAAUCUAGCUGUUCGAGAUGUGCUAUCUAGUGACCCCUACGUCGUUUUGAAACUUGGAAAGCAGAGUGUCCAAACAACUGUGGUGGAGAGCAACUUGAAUCCCGUGUGGAACGAGGAACUCAUGCUCUCCGUUCCACAGAACUACGGCCCUAUCAAGCUGGAAGUUUAUGACUACGACACGUUCUCUACGGAUGAUGUGAUGGGGGAGGUUGAGAUAGACAUUCAGCCGAUGAUAACUGCUGCAACUGCAUUCGUGGAUGCUGAGAAGUUUGAGAACAUGCAGAUUGGGAAAUGGCUGAAGUCGCACGACAACGGGCUGUUGGAAGACAGCACGGUGAAUAUUGUUGAUGGGAAGGUGAAGCAGUCAGUAUCUUUGAAGCUGCAAAAAGUAGAAUGUGGAGAAAUACAUCUUGAGAUGGAAUGGAUGUCUCUUGAAUCUUGAUCAUAAUUACAUAUAUUGUUCUGUUUUGAAUGAUCAUAUAUAAUGAUUGUUUUUAUUUAUUUAUUUUGUCUUCUCUCA